UGGGCAGCCUUGCCGGCCACGGACCGCCGGAGCUGAGUCGCCGAUGUGGAGCCCUGAGCUCUUUCUCCUCCCAAGCCCCGAGCCCGCGGUGCCCUAGCUCCUUUUCGCCUUCGCCCUGGAAAGGCGGGGAAAAGAGGGACAUUAACCCGAAGAGAGAAAGAAGGGGGUGAAAAGGGAAAAGCCAGCGUCUCUCCGGAGGCAAUUUCCCAUUGCCCUCUCAACAAACGGCGCGGCAGAAAGUUUAGGGGACGACUUUCACUCAUUUUUGCGCCCCGUUUUUUUUGCCAGACCCUAAAAUGAAAGGACAAAAUUUGGCUCCGACUCUUGCAGCUCUGAUGGCGACUUGUGCGUUUUCAGCGGCAUCUCCUGGAGAAAAAGCCAUGCGCGCCUGAUUGUUCUGUGGCCCCAAGGCUGCAGUGGGUGUGUGUGUUUGGGUGUGUGUCUCUGUGUGUACACAGACGUCCGCACUCUAACUAGGCUGCAGGAUCAGCCCCUGGAAGCAGACGUUUCGGCCACAAACCGAGAGAGGAGGAGCUGGAGAUCAGGAGGCGUGAGCCGCCAGAAGUUUGCAGAAUCCGUGGUGUGAAUGAACUGGGGGCACCUGGGCGCAGGGAUCGGCCCCCCUUCCCCCGCCUCGGGCCAGAGUUGAGUAGUGGGUUUUUUUUUUUUUCACUCUCUUGUGAAGAAUUUUUUUUUAUUAUUUGUUGUAAAGUCUUUUGCACAAUCACGCCCACAUUUGGGGUUGGAAAGCCCUAAUUACCGCCGUCGCUGAUGGACGUUGGAGAGGGAGCGCCUCGCGGCGGAGCAGUAGUCUGCGCGCCCUCGCCGGACCCGCGGCUCCCUCUUUGCGCCCCGGCGCGGCCCUGCUUCGGCUGCUGGCUCGAGCUCCUCCGCGCCCCCUCGAUUCCUGGGCGCAUCUCAGCGCUACCCCAGCUCGGAAGUCCAGGCCCGGGCGCCAGUGCCCGCUUCGGCUCAGGUUCAUUGCGCCCACCCGACGCGCCCGGUAGGACUUCUCAGCCCUGCUCCAGAUCGUCCCCCUAGGCUUAACCCGGCCGCUCCGCUUGGAUUCCUUGGCUGCCCUCGCUCGGGUGGCGACUUCCUCCCCGCACCCCCUCCCCCUCGCCAUGAAGAGUGGAAUAUUAAGCCCAGGAGUGGCUUUGAGGACGGCUGGAAGUGCAAUGUCUUCCAAGUUCUUCCUAAUGGCUCUGGCCAUAUUUUUCUCCUUCGCCCAGGUUUUAAUAGAAGCCAAUUCUUGGUGGUCGCUAGGUAUGAAUAACCCUGUUCAGAUGUCAGAAGUAUAUAUCAUAGGAGCACAGCCUCUCUGCAGCCAGCUGGCAGGACUUUCUCAAGGACAGAAGAAACUCUGCCACUUGUAUCAGGACCACAUGCAGUACAUUGGAGAAGGCGCGAAGACAGGCAUCAAAGAAUGCCAGUAUCAGUUCAGACAUCGAAGAUGGAACUGCAGCACUGUGGAUAACACCUCAGUCUUUGGCAGGGUUAUGCAGAUAGGCAGCCGCGAGACGGCCUUCACGUACGCGGUGAGCGCCGCGGGGGUGGUGAACGCCAUGAGCCGGGCGUGUCGCGAGGGCGAGCUGUCCACCUGCGGCUGCAGUCGCGCCGCGCGCCCCAAGGACCUGCCGCGAGACUGGCUGUGGGGCGGCUGCGGCGACAACAUCGACUAUGGCUACCGCUUCGCCAAGGAGUUCGUGGACGCGCGCGAGCGGGAGCGCAUCCACGCCAAGGGCUCCUACGAGAGCGCGCGCAUCCUCAUGAACCUGCACAACAACGAGGCGGGCCGAAGGACGGUGUACAACCUGGCCGAUGUGGCCUGCAAAUGCCACGGAGUGUCUGGCUCAUGUAGCCUCAAGACGUGCUGGCUGCAAUUGGCAGACUUCCGCAAGGUGGGUGACGCCCUAAAGGAGAAGUAUGACAGCGCCGCGGCCAUGCGGCUCAACAGCAGAGGCAAGUUGGUGCAGGUCAACAGCCGCUUCAAUUCACCCACCACGCAGGACCUGGUCUACAUCGACCCCAGUCCCGACUACUGCGUGCGCAACGAGAGCACGGGCUCCCUGGGCACGCAGGGCCGUCUCUGCAACAAGACGUCGGAAGGCAUGGACGGCUGCGAGCUCAUGUGCUGUGGCCGCGGCUACGACCAGUUCAAGACCGUGCAGACGGAGCGCUGCCACUGCAAGUUCCACUGGUGCUGCUACGUCAAGUGCAAGAAGUGCACGGAGAUCGUGGACCAGUUUGUGUGCAAAUAGUGGGCGCCUGCCCGUCACCCAGCCCCACUCCCAGGACCCACUUAUUUAUAGAAAGUACAGUGAUGCUGGUUCUUUUUUUUUUUCUUUUUAAAAAAUAUUUUUUAUUUUUUCCCCAAGAAUUACAAGCAGAACCAUAUUUUUUUUUCUGUUACCAUCUAAGAACUCUGUGGUUUAUUAUUAAUAUUAUAAUUAUUAUUUGGCAAUAAUGGGGGGUGGGAACCAAGAAAAAAAAUAUUUAUUUUGUGGAUCUUUGAAAAGGUAAUACAAGACUUUGCUAAUAUAGGAUGAGGGGAUUACAACACACCCCCCAACUUAGCUGCCUGGAGGUAGUGUGCAUCCAGAAAGUAAAUACAUUUUUUUUUUCUUCUCAACUCCGGAGUCAUAUGGGAUGGGUUAGGAUCAGUUGCAAGAGGAUGGUGCAGGUCUGCUUGAGAUUCUGCCUCUGUGACCAAAAUGAGUUGUAAAUGCUCUGGUGCAAAAUAAAAGGUCUUGUAACAAAAAAAAGAGAGAGAGAAAAUGAGAUACUGCCUCCUCCUGCCACUUCCCAGGGGCUGCCAGCCUGCUUUUAUAUUUCCAAAAUGAUCAUGUUAAAUAUAAGAGCAAGAAUCUUGAUCUUCAAAGAAAAAAAGGUAUAUCAUAUAUCUCAUUCUUCUCACAUAUUCCAUGUACAGAUGGUCUUAUUCUAAUAGCUGGUGCAACUUGGGUAGCAGAGAGGAAAGUCCCCAGAAAUUUAAAAAAAAAAUUGCAAGCUUCUAGAUGGAGGCCAUGAUCGGAAGGUGUUCUCCCCAAAUGAUUCCGGCUAUUAUUUUGAUCCAAAUGAUUUUGCAUAAUAUUUUGUUUGGGGAGGGAGCAUUAGCUUGAUUAUAAGGAAAAAAAUAUCUUGUGAUUUUCUUAGGGAUACUUGGUUCAUAAAGGCUAGUAAUGAAAAUAAUGCAUGAAUUCCAUCCACAAAUCCUCAGGCCAAACAGCAAGCUGAUUGCAUAGAGUUCCACACUGCACCAGAACAGAAAACCCAAUUUGAGGGGGGGAAAAAAAAAAGUGAAAUCCACCUUCCCACUUGACCCCAAGCCCUCUCUGGUCUCUCUGUGCCGUGAUGUGAUGCUGGCCACGCUUCCAAACGGCAGCUCCGCUGGGUCCCCUUUGAUUAUAGGACAGGAAAUGAAAUAUGAGGAGUUCCACUUGGAAAACAGUGCGCUACUUAGGGAUUUUUUUUUUCCUAAAACUUUUAUUUUGAAGUGCAGUAACUUCGUAUGUUUCAAUGACAUUACUCGGCUAACAGAGUUCACAGAGAUGUCCCAGUGAUUUGCUGUUAUAAUCCUGUGUUGAGACUAUCCACCCGUGCUUUUCCUAUUUUACUGCAGGUGUACCCCAAAACUGUUCCUAAUAUACUUGAACAGUUGCAUUUAUAAGGGGGGGAGAAUGUGGUUUAAUGGUGCCUGAUAUCUCAAGUCUUUUGUACAUAACAUAUAUAUAUAUAUAUACAUAUAUAAAUAUAAAUAUAAUUAUAUCUUGGUGCAGCCAGUGAUCUAGAUUUACUGUUUACUCGGGGCUUAUUUUUCUGUCUGGAGCAUUGUCGUCCUUCACUGCAAUUUAUCCAGUUGGGAUUUUUCCAAUUUUUUUUUUUUUUUUUUUGAGUCUUGAGCUUGGCCUGUGGCCCUUGCCGAGCACCAGGAAGCAAGCUGGUUUCUGAGGAAGCUUGACAGUCUGACUGGCUGAAGUGCAUGUUGAUUUGGAGAUUGUUUUCCUCUUUCCUGUCCAACUUCUUUUCUCCUGCCUCCUUUUCUUUGUAGACUGUGUGGAGAGGGCAUUAUUUGUUCAAUGCAGGUAUGGAUGGUAAGAGGUACAACCCAGAAACAUUGUCAUCCCUUCUCACGGUGUUUAGCUCAUUCUGCAGAGUGGAAACUGGUACCUGUCAGACUUGAUGGCACUUAUUUGAAUCCCUAAGGAAAACCCAGUCCACUAUAUAGAAAGCUAGUUUUUUUUUAAAAACCAGGACACCUCUUUUCCCAAAGUGCCAUCAAGUGUGUCCCUAUCUCAAACUCACAUGGUUUUCAAGGUUUGGGACGAUGCACAUCACCCAUACCCUUUGUAGGCUUGGUGGCCUGCACAUCACCUCAGCCAGCUGUGGCUCUUAAUUUAUUGCACAAGGAUAUUCACUUCCCCUUAGUUGCAGUGAAUUGAAAGAAAAGAUCUUGAAAUUAAAAAAAGCACUAAUGAGUUUAAAAUGUCACUUUUUUUGGUUUUUAUUCUUCAAAAACCAUGAAGUACUUUUUUUUAUUUGCUAAAUCAGAUUGUGUUCCUUUUUAGUGAUUCACGUUUAUGAACAGAGUUGAGUUUAACGAUCCUAGCUUUUAAAAGAAACUAUUUAAUGUAAGAUAUUCUAUGUGUCAUUCAGAUAUUAUGUAUAUCUUCUAUGGCCUUUAUUUUGUACUUUUAAUGUACAUAUUUCCGUCUUGUGUGAUUUGUAUAUUUCACUGGUUUAAAAAACAAACAAACAUUGAAAGGCUUAUGCCAAUGGAAGAUAGAAUAAAUAAAAUAUUACUUGUAUAUUGGUAA